CCUCGUUUCCGUUGGUAUAAAUGCUAGCCCCACACGAACCGAACGGCAUUGUUCACUCUAUAGAGGACUUCAUAACUACGUCGCUCUGUGGAAGCCGAAUUCUCCCAACUUUUUUAAUUUGCAAUUUAUCGUUGAUUCUCAUCUAAUUAAACAAAAUGCGCGAAUGUAUCUCAAUCCACGUCGGUCAAGCCGGAGUCCAGAUUGGUAACGCCUGCUGGGAAUUGUACUGCUUGGAACAUGGAAUCCAGCCUGAUGGUCAGAUGCCCUCUGACAAAUCUGUUGGAGGUGGUGAUGAUUCUUUCAACACCUUCUUCUCUGAAACUGGUUCUGGUAAGCACGUCCCUCGUGCCGUCUUUGUCGACUUGGAGCCAACCGUCGUCGAUGAGGUCCGCACUGGUACUUACCGCUCCUUGUUCCACCCUGAACAACUGAUCACUGGAAAGGAAGAUGCUGCCAACAACUACGCUCGUGGCCACUACACCAUUGGCAAGGAAAUCGUUGAUUUGGUUCUUGACCGCGUCCGCAAGUUGUCCGAUCAAUGCACUGGUCUCCAAGGAUUUCUCAUUUUCCAUUCCUUCGGCGGAGGCACUGGCUCGGGAUUCACCUCCUUGUUGAUGGAACGUCUCUCUGUUGACUACGGCAAAAAAUCCAAGUUGGAAUUCGCCAUCUACCCAGCUCCCCAGGUUUCCACUGCUGUCGUUGAGCCUUACAACUCUAUCUUGACUACCCAUACUACCUUGGAACACUCCGACUGCGCUUUCAUGGUCGACAAUGAAGCCAUUUAUGACAUCUGCCGCCGCAACUUAGAUAUCGAACGACCGACCUACACCAACUUGAACCGAUUGAUUGGUCAGAUCGUUUCCUCCAUCACUGCUUCUCUGCGUUUCGAUGGCGCUUUGAACGUCGAUUUGACUGAAUUCCAGACCAAUUUGGUCCCUUAUCCUCGUAUCCAUUUCCCCCUGGUCACCUACGCCCCAGUCAUUUCUGCCGAGAAAGCCUACCACGAGCAGUUGACUGUUGGAGAAAUCACCAACGCUUGCUUCGAGCCGGCUAACCAGAUGGUCAAAUGCGAUCCUCGUCAUGGCAAGUACAUGGCCUGCUGCAUGUUGUACCGUGGUGAUGUCGUCCCCAAGGAUGUCAACGCUGCUAUUGCCACCAUCAAAACCAAGCGUACUAUCCAAUUCGUCGAUUGGUGCCCAACUGGUUUCAAGGUCGGUAUCAACUACCAGCCCCCGACUGUUGUUCCAGGAGGUGAUUUGGCCAAGGUUUCUCGCGCCGUCUGCAUGUUGUCCAACACCACUGCUAUCGCUGAAGCUUGGGCCCGCUUGGAUCACAAAUUCGAUCUGAUGUACGCCAAGCGCGCUUUUGUUCACUGGUACGUCGGUGAAGGUAUGGAGGAAGGAGAGUUCUCUGAGGCUCGUGAAGAUCUUGCAGCUCUCGAGAAGGAUUACGAAGAAGUUGGCAUGGACUCCGUCGAAGGCGAGGGUGAAGGAAACGACGAAUAUUAAUUCAAUGUUACCUUUCCUUUAAUUGAAUCCCUGGCAGUAGCAUUUACUUCGCUUUGACCGAUAUGGAUCUUCAAUACAUAAUUGCAGCAUA